AGUUUCAAUCUAACAUUCGGGGACAGCAGAUCGCGUCGCAGUGGAUGUUUGAAACGUAUUUAACGGUUAAUAAUUCGGUUUGUUCUGACUCGGUUUCGGAUUCAGGUUUAACUUCAAGAUCGAGUCGAGUCGAGUCUGUAAAACGAUACAUCUGGAAUAUAUUUAAUUGGGAGAUGAUGUGGUCGUUUGGCAAGCUUCUGCUGGCCUUCGCAGUUGCAUUCACCAGUGCCGCCACCGCCAAUGCCGCCGUGGUGUUCGAUCGCACCAUCUAUUACCGCAAUACGCCGCCCGAUGCCGCGGGCCACUAUCGAUUCGAGUUCCAGACGACCAACGGCAUCACCACCAAGGCGGCUGGCAACGAGAAUGGGGCCGUGGGCGUAGUCCAAUAUGUCUCCCUCGAGGGCAUACCCGUGACCUUCACGUACGUGGCCGAUGCCGAUGGGUAUCGAGCCGAGGGCGAGCAUAUUCCCGCCGUGCCGCUGCAUGUGCUCCGUCAGCUGGAAUACAUUCGCACGCAUCCAGCGGUGGAUGAGCACAGGUCGAGGCGUUGGUAAGGCUAGAAAUCAGCCAUAAAGAUAAAUAUAUAUUGACUUUUGAAUAUCUGUCAAUCGCCUG